AGGGAGAGAGAGAGAGAGAGAGGAGUCAGGGUGGGGGGUGUCGGAGAGAGAGAGAGAGAGAGAGAAGGAGUUGGGGGGGGGGGAGAAACCUGACUUUCUCUGGUUCCUAACCAGGCUCUGCCCUGCCGAGGGGCUUCAGCACUGCGCUUCUGUGAAGCGGUGUGUAUGAGCGAGUGUGUGAGCGCGUGAGCCCGGUGCCUCAGGAGAGCCAUGUCGGACCCCAGGGACAUCGACGAGGAUGCCAUCCUCAAGGGCCUCAGUGCUGAGGAGCUGGAUCAGCUGGAGUAUGAGCUGCAGGAGAUGGACCCCGAGAAUGCCAUGCUGCCAGCUGGCUACCGGCAGCGUGACCAGACGAAGAAGAACCCGACGGGGCCAUUCGACCGCGACGCCCUGCAGCAGCACCUGGAGAAGCAGGCCCUGGAGCACGAGGACAGGGAGGACCUGGUGCCCUUCACUGGGGAGAAGAAAGGAAAGUCCUUUGUGCCCAAGAAAGCAGCGGAGAUUCCCGAGCACGAGCAGGUGAUGCUGGAGCCGGAGCUGGAGGAGGCCCUGAAAAAUGCCACUGAUGCGGAGAUGUGUGAUAUCGCAGCCAUCCUGGGAAUGUACACACUGAUGAGCAACAAGCAGUACUACGACGCUCUGGGCACCACAGGCACCAUCGCCAACACAGAGGGCAUCAACAGUGUGGUGAAGCAGGAUCCAUUCAAGAUCUUUCCCGAUGAGAUGCCCAACCCCACCAACGUGGAGGAAACCCUGGAGAGAAUCCACAACAACGACAGCGGCCUGACGGACGUCAACCUCAACAACAUCAAGGACAUUCCCAUCCCCACACUGAAAGAGAUCUUUGAGGCGAUGAAGGGAAACUCUCAAGUUGAGUGUCUGAGCAUCGCCGCGACCCGCAGCAACGACCCCGUGGCCUACGCGUGUGCUGAGAUGCUGCAGGAGAACACCAGCUUGCAGAGUCUUAAUAUCGAAUCCAACUUCAUUACGGCCGAUGGCAUGAUGGCGAUCAUCAAAGCGAUGGCCUACAACGCCACACUGGUGGAGCUCAAGAUCGACAACCAGAGGCAGAAGCUGGGAGAUUCCGUUGAGAUGGAGAUCGCCUCCAUGCUGGAGAACAACUCCAGCAUCCUCAAGUUCGGCUACCACUUCACCCAGCAGGGUCCCCGCGCCAGAGCCGCCAUGGCCGUCACGCGGAACAACGACAUGAUUCGCCAGCAGAGAUUGAGAUGAAACAGGAAGAACCACCACUCGGGGGCCUGAGACGACGCCAAGAGCUGAAUGAAUCCUCCCGAUGGGUCAGCGCGUAUCCACUAACGCAACGUCCACGUCCUGCCAUUUCAUUUCAUUUACCGCAGCCAGCUUUUUUGUAGGCUGCUCAAUUCAUCAUAAAGGCGUGUAUAGGUCACAAGCAAAAUGUGAAGUGUCUUUUUUUCUUGGUUUUUUUUUUUUGUGCUUUUAGUUUGUGCAUCAUCCCAAAUCAAAAGGUUCAUUCAUGAAACAUUUUCAAUGUGGUGCUAUCCAUGGGAAGAAAACAAUCUGUAAAUACUUUAAAUAAAAAAAUAUAUGUUCAA